GUUUUGUCAAAUGUCGCGUGUUGAACUUUUUUUUUCUAGUUAGAUGAUUAGAAGAACCAAUUGAUACAAUAAAAAUAAAUUAAAUUCUGGAUAAAUCUGUUGCUAAUGUUGAUGCUGAUGUUUAAAAGUACAAUUUCUCUUGGUAUAUAAAACGGCCGUGUGUACAAUUUUGAAACACACAAUAAACUUCGGAAUAGAAACAUUCGUUCACAAUGCAAAUACAGAAUGUGUACAGCUAUCUUUUGACAGAAAUGGAUAGGCAAUGAAAAUAUUAUUUGUUAAUAUUUUUUUGUACUAAAUUAUUAAAGUGGAGAUCAUAGAAUGUGAUUAUAAUGGGUGGUUGCAUCGGAAUAACUAGAAGCAGAAGCGGCCCUAUGGAAGGGUCGUCUGGAACUGUGUCGCGGCCUAAUUCCGGUGCUCUGAGGAAAAAUCAGUCCCUUUGUCAUGAAACGAUUCGGUGGAAGUCUGACGUGCCAUUAACAGAGGGCCAGCUGCGGAGUAAACGUGAUGAGUUCUGGGACACUGCGCCGGCAUUCGAGGGCCGAAAGGAGAUUUGGGAUGCGUUGCGGGCGGCAGCCGUCGCCGCCGAGGCCAUGGAUUUCCAGCUGGCGCAGGCUAUACUGGACGGCGCCAGUGUCUCCGUGCCAAAUGGCUACCUCACAGAAUGCUAUGAUGAAUGGGGAACUAGAUAUCAGGUACCAAUCUACUGCCUGUCCCCGCCAAUUAAUAUGGUGAAGGAGGCGUGCGGGCGCGACUCGCCAGCAGAGUGGUCAGAGCCUGCGGAUGGGGGCGCAGCUCUAGCGCUCCGGCUGCGGCUUUCUACCACCUGCCGCGACCUUGAGCUGCGAGUGGGUGCUCGGCACACCAUCGCACAUUGCAAGACUGAACUGCAUGCGCUGGAGGGCAUAGAGCCGUGGCGUCAGCGCUGGUUCUACGGUGGCAAGCUGCUGGGCGACCGGCUGCUGGUCGAGGAGGCGCGCAUCACGCCCGGAUACGUGGUGCAGGUCAUCGUCAGCACCGAGCCGCGCCCCCCCAGCUAGGAGCUUCGCCCCCGCCCGCCACCCCACCACCCGGUACUGCAACAUGGGUCUCUCACACUUUACAUUAUUCCAAUCCAGUGGCUGAAUCUACACUGGAUUACAACUGAAGUAUGUAAACAUACUCUGGAAACCAUACAGUGCAUUCUAGUUUACAUAUUUCCAGUUGUAAUCACACACUGAAAUCUGUCGCUUUACUAGAAUAAUCUAAACUGGACGUACGCUGUGAAUGUCCAAUGUAGUGAUAUUUGUAUUGCAAUAUUGCCAUCCCUCUCCUUCUGUUUGAAAAUGUCAGAGAUAGCAAUAGUGUUCUGGCAAGUUCUUACAUUUGAGAUUCCCGGCAACUACACAUCGAUUCGCAUCAAUAUCGAUAAUCGCAUGCGUGGCCGAUUAUAGACAACAAUAUCGAUUUUAUGCUUGAUAUUUUUUUGUUUUUUUUUUUGAUGAAGUUUGGUUGUUUCAGUUCUUUUUUAUUUUUUUUAAAUGAAGCU